AUGAGCGACCUGGAAGGUGUUCCCGACCCCCAGAAGAAUUUCGGGUCUGGCCGAGCCUGGGGGGCAGCAAAGCCCAAGGAGCGGCGAUGGCCGAUGGGGUAUGCACUGUGCUCCGCGGGGCUCAGUUUUGAGUCCGCGGAGCUCGAGAAGCGGUACUGCGAGGGCCGCGCGGAGUCCCUGUUCUUCUUUGUGGACCGGAUGUCGGUGGUGAUGCGGCUGGGAGUGCCGACGUUCGCGAUCGCCAGGCAGAUGAGGCGCUGGAGGGAGGAGGGACACCCGCCGAGGGCGAUGCCAAUGGCAGCCAUGCUGAUCGCCGUGGCGCUGCUGGCCGUCCCGCUCGCUUUGGCGUACGGCCGUGGGCGGUGGGCGAUGAGGAUGCGGGCGCCGGCGAUGAUCGUCACAAGAGGAGGAGUGGUUCCUUUGGCCUUUAUCACAUGCGUUAUGGACAUCAUACAGCUAUCCAAACUGCCAAACUGGGCGAGCUACCUGCAGUGGUCCUUGCUGUGCUGCGGCAUUUUCAUGACUGCGAACACCCCAUUCUUGAUGCCCCUGCACUUCAAGCACCACCUGCCCCUGCAGCUCUUCGUGGUAUCCGUGAUGAUCUGUUACCAGGUACCAAACUUGUGCCAUGUAGUUGAGAGCCGCCAGGACAUACACGGCUUUUUUAAAGCGACCUGGCAGGCAGUUUCUGCAAGGGCAAGGGAUAUUGUCAACAUCAUGUUCCUCAGUGGGCCACGCACUUGGGGGCAGGCAGAGCUGGAACUUGGGGCAAAGUGUCAGCACAUGUACACUUCCUUGCACCUUGUUUUUGGCCUGGUGGUCCCAACGUACAUUUGGUGGUUGUGGGAGUACCAGUCACGGGUGUUUUUCCUCAGCAAACGGUGCAGCAGAGAGGAGAGGCGGGGCGAGGGCGAGUGGGCGCAACUGUCCUUGACUUCCAUCGCCUCUCAUGUCGUGAUCCUCGUUCUGUUCUCUGCAGUGUGCUGGGAGGGGCUCCUGGGACUUUUCGUUGACGUUGACGAAGGCGGCGUUGAGCGCCGUGGGGCGGUGGGUGCGAUUGGGUAG